AGGAGAAGCAGACAUUUGUAUUUGUAUGUUUUAACUGCAAGUCAAAUUUUUUUCUAUUUAAUUUUUAUUAUUAUUAUCUAUGUUAUUUUUGACUUAUCUAGGCUAUAUAUACAGUAUAUAUAGUUCCAACAGCAAAAUCACAAUUCUUCUGUUGUUUUGUUGUUGUUGUUUUUAUUUCACACGUGCUUUGUAAACGUCUGUUUCCCAUGUCGGUAAAGCCCCUUUGAAUUGAAUUAAACAUAUAGGUUGUUUUUUUUACUAUUGCUAAAAGUAGCUAGUUUCAGCUUUAGCUACUUUUGACUUCUGAUACGUAUUCACACAUCACAUCGACAACAUGUUGGUUGGAAACUCCCAAGUUUGGGGAAUUCCAGCUUGUUAAAAAUCCUGGUAUAAACAGUUGAGUUCAGGGCCGGAGGAAAUCUUUGUUCCAACGAUACUAAAACAAAAAUGUGAAUUUGAUGCUUAAACGAUGUAGUUAUUCAAACAACCUAUAAACGCUCCAUCAUCAUAUUUGGACUUGUCUCUAUCUGUAAUUCAUCUUUGAAAGAAGACAGAUGAAGGCUGUGCGUGCUCAGAGGGCUGUUUGGAAAAGCAGUCCCACAAAAAAAUAAAAUCAAAUGUCUGAUAAUCUCGAAACCUAUGUGUAUGAACGCAUCUCGUAAAAAUCCGGAAGCGUGUCGUCAUUAGCAACAACAAACCCACCUGCCUUAAAUGACAGCGGAGCUCAGCAACUCGCUGUUGACUCCUUGACUCAGCCUGUGACAGCUGGUUAGAGACAGUCUGGCAGCAUAUCAUGAAUAAACGGGCACGUUAAAGCGCAUACAUUUAAUAUUAGUCAUUGAGUACACGGCGUUUUUCGUCAACAGACGGGUGAACCGUUUAUCGGUUGCUCUUUUUCAGCCGUCCUCCUUCUCCGACACAUUAACGUUAGCUUAGCUUGCUAGCAGUCAGCGACAUUAUGGCAUGAGAGCUCUUCCUCAUUGCUUUUACCAAGAGGGGCAGUUCUGCUUUCACUGGCUGACUUAGUGGAUGAUAAAUCCUCGGAGACUUCCCGUAAAAGGCUCACAAACUGCUAUGGAGCCGUCCGCGGCUUUGGGCUGUGUGAACAUUGGCAGUCUGACCAGCACCUUGCCGGUGAUCCCCUACCAGAAGCUGACAGACCUGUACUACCUGAGCAGAGGGGGGUUUGGCACCGUGUUCAAGGCGCAGCACUCCGACUGGAGGACCACUGUGGCUAUCAAGUGCCUGAAACUCGACUGUCCUGUUGGAGAAAGAGAGAGGAACUGCCUGCUGAAGGAGGCAGAGGUGCUCCACAAAGCCAGGUUCAACUACAUCAUCCAGAUCUUUGGCAUCUGCAACGAGCCCGAGUUCUUCUGCAUAGUCACAGAGUUUAUGAGCAAUGGCUCUCUGGACCUGUUGCUCCACGAGAAGGACAUGUACCCUGCGCUUGCCUGGCCUUUGCGACUGAGGAUUCUGUAUGAGAUUGCCCUGGGAGUUAACUUCCUCCACAACAUGACCCCACCCCUCUUACAUCAUGACCUAAAGACCCAGAACAUACUGUUGGAUGGGGAAUUUCAUGUUAAGAUUGCCGACUUUGGCCUUUCAAAGUGGCGGCAGCUGUCCGUCAGUAAAGGCUCAGGGUCCAAGCCCACAGAGAUGGGGGGCACAGUGAUCUACAUGCCCCCUGAGAAGUACGAACCAUCCAAGAGCCGUCGGGCUGAUGUGAAACACGAUAUGUACAGCUAUGCCAUCAUUAUGUGGGAAGUGCUGUCCAGGCAGAUUCCAUUUGAAGACGUGACCAACCCCAUGCAGAUCAUGUUCAGUGUGCUUCGUGGGGCGCGUCCUGACACGGGUCUGAACAGUCUGCCUGCUGACAUCCCCAGCAGAGAAACCCUCAUCAGUUUAAUGACCUGCGGCUGGACCUCUAACCCCGAUGAACGACCUUCCUUCCUCAAGUGUUUGAUUGAGCUGGAGCCCAUGGUGAGGAACUUUGAUGAAAUUGACUUCCUGGAGGCCGUGUUGGAAAUCAAGAGGUCAAAGUUGAUGGGGAGAUCUGGCUGUUGUUCAGCCCAGUCAGUGUGUGAGAAGAGGAGUGAAGAGGGAUCCCUGAACAUGCUGAAGGACAGGCCCAGCCCCUGGCCGGAGAGCUCCACCUCAGGCUCAGGCUCUUGUACCUCCCAGGACACAGACAUAUCUCUACCAGGCGCCCUCACCAGCAGCAAUGCUGCACCAUCUAAAGAGGGGCUUCCAUCGUCAUUCUUAGCUCAUCCUCUGGAGCCUCCUGAGUCUUUGAAGGACAACUGCACAAUCAACAAUCUGAAUGGCUACCAGAGCGCCAGGCCCCUGAAUGAUUUGAACAUACCCAUCAAACCAGGCCUGCCCGACACUGAAUGUGAGACAUUGCUGCGUAACCUCACCCUCAAGCCACAGCUUCAGCAACAAGCAGCAGAUUAUUCUCCACCCUUACGGCACUCCCCUCCCUCACAAGGCCCAAUCGCCCAGUGGAUCGCGACACGGCGUGAGGAGAUUGUCUCCCAGAUGACAGAGGCCUGUCUGAACCAGAGCUUGGACGCCCUGCUGGCCCGCUCCAUGCUGAUGCGGGAGGAUUACGAGCUGGUGGUGAACCAGGCCACGCGCACCGCCAAGGUCCGCCAGCUCCUGGACAACUGUCAUCGACAUAACGAAGACUUCUGCCGCAUUGUCGUCCGCAAGCUGCACGACAACAAGCAGAUGGGCCUGCAGCCGUACCCGGCUGAAAUCAGCUCCCCUACCACAGCCCUCCUCCCCAGCGCACCGCCGCUGUCCACCUCCUACAAUAUCCCCAGGAACAUGUAGCAGUAUUCACAGCCAAGCCGUGGAAACAAUCCAGAUUAUAGACUGUGCCAACUUUACACUACAGUUAACUUUUACUGGUUCCGUUGUCAUCAAGGUGGUCAACAUGGUUUCCUUUCCCUUGAAAAGACUGAGAAACGGCUUUUUGAGCAAAAAGGGUCACAGGUACAAAACUAAGCUAUUGGCUUUGAAGUUAAUAUCCACUCAUCAACUAGAGACAAAAGGUUUUAUUCUGUAUAAUCUGAAUCAAACGAUUCUGACUGAAUCAGUGAUUUUAUUUGACAAUAUUACAGAUUUAAUGAGGUAAUUUAUUUAUGGUCCCUUUAUUCAGUGUAUUUUAUUGCUGGGUUUCUCUCCUUUUGGUACAUUAUGCUUUUGUCCCCAAAGCUCAGUUGCCUUUAUGUGAUAGCAUAAUAAUUAUGUAGCCCAAUAGUUGUGUGUGUGUGUGUGUGUGCGCGCGCGUGCGUGUGUGUGUGUGUGUGUGUGUGUUGCCUUAUUGGUAGAAUGUAAACAUCCUCAAUACACUCAGUUGAUCUGAGUAAGUGACAGGAGGACUGUUAACAUGCUGGAAAACUUAGAGCAAAAAUAAGGUUUAUUCCUAUUAUAGCAAUCUUAAAGUAUCAUGUAGUCAUUAUAAAGGAUAAUUAUCCUGAUCAUUUUUACCACCCAAGUGAAGUGAGUAUGUGGCACUCACAGCUAUGAAGAGUGUCUGUGUCUUUGUAGUGAAGACUAUGUGAUGACCUACAUUAAAUCUUUGAAAAAAUGCACAGUCAAGUGUUGUGCAAGGAUGACUUCAGAGCUAAUUAUAGCAAUCCAACUACGUGAUCUUGAACGUAAACAGCUUCAUGUAACUUAUCUGAACUGUUGGAAUGAGUUUGGAUUUUGGUAGACUGUUGUCAUGUGACUGUAUGGAAAGUUUUUGUCCCUGACUUUUUUUUUUUUUUUUUUUUUUUUACUGCUGAGCUAAAGAGAGUCCCUGGGACAUGGAGUAAAGAGGAAAUUGAGAUUGUAAUAAAAUCUGUGUCUAGAUUAAAAGUGGACCAAAGUGA